AUGGUUUUGGCAGGCGUGACGGCAGCCAUCACAGCGUCGCUUAGGCGCAAGGCCAACGACGAUGGGGCUGCACGAGAGGUGGUGUCUUCGGGUUCCCUCACACCACGCACCCUCGCGCAUCUGGAGGAAGAGCUGGACGACCCGGAGGCAGGAGACAAGCACGAAGAAAACCGACAACAUCGCUCACAACAUCAGCAGCAGGAGCAGUACGGAGGACCCCACACGACUGCGUCCCAGAUAUGGCUGCUCAACCGCGACGACUCCCACAACCUGUCUUCCUACCGUACUCGGUCGUUCAUUAAGGAGAGCAGCGGGGGGCUCCCUGUCGACGCCCGCUUCGCCUUCAUCGAGUCUCAUGUUGCCAACAUGCUCAUCGGAGGCGUCAUUCUGGCCAACGCCAUCCUCGUGGGAGUGGAGACACAGUUCAGGCGUGACUUCGUGACGGGCAGUGGGAGUGAGGACGGAGUGGACGACCCGACAAGCUUGUUCUGGUCGCCAUGGUUUUGGGCCGACAUGGCCUUCCUGCUCUUCUUCUCUGUCGAGAUCGUCAUUCGCUUCGCCUACUACCGGUGGGGCUUCUUCUUGUCCGCCCUCAACGUCUUCGACCUGCUCCUGCUGGUCUCGUCAUUUAUCGAGCUCAUCAUGAUUCUCAUCAUCGAGGCGCAGGGCGGAGGCGCGUCGUCGCGAGUGAGGUACACGGGCUUCCUGACUGCUUUACGUGUCGCGAGACUAGUCCGGCUAGCACGCAUACUUCGCGUGGUGCGGUUUUUCCGCGAGCUGUAUGUGCUGACUCGCGGCCUUGUCAACGCGUCGAGAGCACUCGUGUGGGUCAGUCUGCUUCUGCUGCUGGUCAUCUACGUUGGUGCUGUCUUCACCACCCGCAACCUUGGUCAGCGAUACGGCGAUGCUGAUGCCGAGUGGCGGACGGACGAGCAGAAGCUUGACGAGUGGUUCGGAAACAUGCUCAGGAGCAUAUUUACGCUCUUCCAGGUCAGUCACACCGACUCAACGAUUGAUGCGAGAGACUCACACCAUCCGACCGAGAUUCAUUCCUUCGUGUCUCGGUGCUGUGGUGCAUAUACAGGUAUUGACGUUGGAAGGCUGGUCUGAGAUUGCUCGCACGUCGAUGAAGUUCGAGGACUGGAGCGGCCUCUUCUUCGUCCUGUUUCUCAUCUUCACCAACAUCUCCCUCCUCAACCUGGUCACGGGUGUCAUUGUCGACAACAUUCUCGAGAUAUCACGUACGUCAAAGGAAGCACAAUGGCGCCUGUGUGCUUGUGUACAUGCCUGUCUGUGUCAUUGCUGCGUCAGGUCACCAUAACGAGACGAAGCACCUUGAGAGGGCGAGCAAGGAGAAGCUGCAGAACAUCGAGCGGCUGCUGCAGAUCUUCAAGCUGGCCGACGUCGACAAGGACCACGAGGUGACACGAGAGGAAUUUCAGCAGGCUCUCACCAAGGACGCUGUUAUACGGGUGUGUGGCGGUGAAUGAACGAACGGCGGGAGAAAGACUGGACAUCAUUUAGUCAUUCAUUCAUUCAUUCAUUUCUUGUCUGCGUGUGCGCAGAAGCUGAAUGCCGAGGACAUAGCUGUGGUGGACGCACAAGACCUGUGGGAAUUCCUCGACCACGAGGGCACAGGCGCGCUCAGAGUGGUAACUGUCACAUAGGACAGAUGCAACAGUCACGUCUCUAUUUGUUUCAUGCCUGCGGCAGAAGGACUUCAUCGAGGGAUGUCUGCGCAUCAAGUCAGGAACAGGCAGUAAUCAAUUGAGUAUGUCAUUCGUGCAUUGUCCCUUUCUUCUCAGGGGGAGCGCCAAGUCAGUGAAGUUGGUUCAGUACGGCCUUCACAAGAUGGCCAAAGGCCUGCACAGGCGCAUAGACUGCCUCGAGAUGGGAUUCAGAUCGGAAAUCGCCAACGUACUACUGGUAAUUGACAGAAGAACCCAGCAAAGCCCUCAACGCUUUUUAUCACCCUCGUCUGUCUGUCUGUCUGUCUUGGUGCAGUCAAUGUCGUCUCACUAUGAAGAGAGGCUCUCCCAGAUCAUGACUGCCGACCACACGGCGCCAGACACCCCGGGCCCCAGUCCAGCGCCCUGGAGCUCCUCCUCACGCAAGCGAACAAAGCAGCACUGCGGCUCUGGAUCGACCCUUGCCGAGCUGUCUGACACGCACCAGCCAGAGGAAGAGGUGGCCAAUCAGCCCACAGGCCAGGGCCCGCAUCCCUCGCCGGAUUUCAGAAGGCGCACGCUGCGUCACCGGGACAUUGAGGGACCUCGCCCACCAAUCGCUGGGAGGGGUGGCGUCGCGAGUUUUGAGAACGUGGCUGAGCUCAUGAGAAGUGCUGCGUCGCAGCUGUCGAUUGCCGACCAGCUCCAAGGCGCCAAGUCGAUGUCGCGAAAGAGGAACAUGGGAUCCUUUGCCUCUGUCGGCUCGUCGGUGUCCACCAAUCUGGCUGCUGACCUGCCAAUGAGGUGAGCGAGUGCAGGUGCGAAUUUCGUGCCGGCACCACUCGACUCAUUGGUCGUGUCUGUUUGUGUAGAUCUCAUUCACUCCGCCCUCAAGCAAACCGGCAGUCGCCCUCGCAGAGCGCGGCGUUUGCGCCGAGGCACCACAGCAUCGCCCCUGCUCGAGGCUCAUCUUUUCGCAGCCAGGGGUCGGUCGAGUCAUACAGCUCGUUCAUCGGGGGCGGCGGAGGCGACCUGCCGUCACGCGUGCCUCUGGUCCUUCCUUCGCCCCCUCACAGCGGCAUGCUACCCGCGGGCCCACCAGGCGACACGCCGCAGAGACCCAGAUCAAAGGAGCCCUCUGAGGCUGAUACGGCCCCGGCCAUGAACAUCCCAGCCCGCACUUCUGUCCCAGGCCGCAGCAUCAGCGAGAAGCCUCAGCAGCCUCAGCAGUCAGGCCGAUCCUGGUUUGGCACUCCACUCCUCGGCAGACGCACCAUGAUGGGGAAGCAGAGCAGCGGCUCUGUCACCAAGAAGCAGGGCAAAAUGGUCCAGAGCCUCUAG